AUGAGCAGUCCACUCAAGCGCAAGCGCUCUGCGGCAUCAUCGAGUCGUGAUCCUUCUGCAUCGCAUGGCGCUGCACGAGCUGGUCAAGGACAGUUGUCGGUACCUGCGUUGGCAGACGGGCCAGCUCCAACGCGCGCCGAGCUCGAAAGAUGUGUGGGCAGGCUAAGUGCUACGAUGCUGCAACUCGAAGCACUUGUCCACCGGCUUCCAGAUACUUCGCCGCGCGCUGUCCUCUCCGAAGUCUCGGCGCCAGCACAAUCCUUUUCGACCCAGCCAGCUGAAGCCAACUCCGAUUCGCGCAAGGCGCCAGAGCAGUCGUGCUCAAGCUGUGCCGCCCUUCAACAGCGCGUUCGGGAGCUUGAGGCCAGGGAAGCAGCGCACAAGAAGGAGAAAGAGGCGUGGGCUGCGUUCAAGCAGUGGUGGCUGCGAUCGCUCGCCAAGAAGGAGCGCACCAAUCACCAGCGCUCUCCAAAGUCUUCUCCAAUCGCCGCUGUCUUGGGCAAAUCAAGCUCUCCGCGACGACAGCGGACGAGCACACUCAGUGCGUUCAACAAACUCGACCCAGCAAGUCGCGAAAUCUGGAUCCAGGCUGGCAUCGUAGACGGCCCCUCUUCCUCAAGCCAACUUGACGCCAAUAUCAGCGAGCCUAGUCCGGGCCCAAGCGCGCCGGAAGCCCCUGUGGUUGGUGGUGAGAGCGGACCUAGCGAGCCCAUCCUACCCAUCGCAGGUGCACGGCGCGAUGUCGGAUGGGUCGAUUCGACGCCUGUGCGAUCGCGCAUCCAGCGCCGCACCAUGAUCGCUCACGACUGUCCCGACUGCGCCUCGUUCUACUCGCACCUCAACGAGCUACGCCCCAACAACCCCGGCGACGCAGAGAAAAACGCUUGCUCCCGUCACCGCACCACCCAUGCACGUCAAGCGACCCCAGAGGGAUACUGGAAUAUCGGCUUCCCCACCACACAGGAUGCCGAGCUCAUCAACGACUCGGCCCGCAAAGCUCGUCCGCCACGCUGA